UUAUUGGAAUGUGAAUGUGUCAAUGCAUGUAGUAAGUUUAUAAAUAUGUGCCAAGAGAAGUACCCAAAAAAGCUGAAACCAAAACAAUUAAUUAAAAAGAAAUAACUAAUACAUUUUCUAUAAGUAAUUAAUUAAUGGGAACCGAAACCAGUCUUAGGCUUCCCAUUAUUAAUUUUUCAGUUGAACAUGUAGAAUUGAAACCGGGUACACCGGAGUGGAACACAGUAAGGAGCCAAGUCCGCAAAGCAGUGGAAGAAUUUGGUUGUUUCGAGGCACAGUUUGAUAAAAUUCCAACAAACAUUCGAAAGGCCUUAUUUGAUGCAGUACAACAGCUUUUUGAUCUUCCUUUACAAACCAAACAACGAAACGUUUCAAAGAUGUCGUUUCAUGGCUAUGUGGGCCAACUCCCAGCUCUGCCUUUGUACGAAAGCAUGGGAAUUGAUGAUGCCAAUAUUCCUGAAAAUGUUCAAAAUUUUACUAGUGUUUUAUGGCCCAAUAAUGGAAACCCAACUUUUUGUGAAACCAUGCAAUCUUAUUGUGACCAACUAUCGGAGUUGGAUGGAAUAAUAAGAAGGAUGAUUUUGGAGAGUUUGGGAGUUGAGAGAUACUUGGAGGAACACAUGGACUCCACCAACUACCUCCUUCGAUUAAUGAAAUAUAAGGGGCCUCAAACCAAAGAGACCAAGCUGGGUUUGAAGGCUCACACAGAUAAAACCAUUAGCAGUAUUUUGUAUCAGAACCAAGUUGAGGGCUUAGAGGUCCAAACCAAACAUGGCCAAUGGUUUUCUGCCAAACCCUCAUCUUCUCACUCUUUCAUCGUCAUUUUAGGAGAUUGUUUUUACGCAUGGUCAAAUGGUAGAUUACAUUCUCCAAAUCAUAGAGUAAUGAUGACAGGAAACGAGGCAAGGUACUCCACUGGAUUAUUUUCGAUGCCAAAAGCAGGUUACAUAGUCAAAGCCCCACAGGAGCUUGUUGAUGAAGACCAAUAUCCUUUGUUGUUCAAACCCUUUGACCAUUCCCAAUUCCUUGACUUUUGUUAUACCCAGGCUGGUCAAACAGCCCUAUCUCCUCUCCACUCCUAUUGUGGCCUCUGAUCAUCUUGUUUUGGUAUCCAAAAUAACAUUUUAGUCAAUUUCUUUGUAUUCAAAAUAAUAUUUUAGUCAAUUUUUUUUAUGGUCAUGUGCGUUAUAAUUAUUUAAUUAAUACAUCCUACAAAAUUAUAAAAAAUUUGAAUAAAUGUAACAUGCCAAAAAUAAGAUUCAAACAGUGCACGUAUAAUUAUUUUAUUUUAUACGCAUCUAAAAUAGAUUAAUUGAAUACUACUUUCUAUAUUAUAAAGU